AUGGAGUACUACUGCUUCCUCCUCUGGAUCUGCAGCCUGCAGUUAGGUUUCCUUGACUGCUUCAAUAUUGACACAAAGAAACCCAGGAUCAUCAAAGGACCUAAACAAGCUCAGUUUGGAUACACUGUUCAGCAACAUGUGGCUGCCGGAGGAGAAAAAUGGUUAUUAGUGGGCGCCCCGUACGAAAUGAACGGACCUUACCAGACGGGGGAUGUUUAUAAAUGUUCUCUGAGCAAAAGAAUCAACGGCAACGGCUGUUCGAAGCUCAAUUUAGGAAGGAUAUCUUUGACCAACGUAUCGGAGCGGAAGGACAAGAUGAGGCUGGGAAUGACACUCACUUCCAACCCUAAAGACAACAGCUUUGUGGCUUGUGGGCCGUUAUGGUCUUAUGAGUGUGGCAGUUCGUACUACAGCACGGGAAUAUGCUCCAGAGUCAACGCCAGCUUCAAGUUCUCCAGAACGAUUGCCCCCGCCUUCCAGAGGUGUGAGACUUACAUGGACAUAGUGAUCGUCCUUGAUGGUUCAAACUCCAUCUACCCCUGGUAUGAAGUCCAGGCUUUUCUCAUCAACAUUCUUCAGAAGUUCCAUGUUGGACCCGGUCAAAUACAGGUUGGAGUCGUUCAGUACGGCGAGAAGGUGGUCCACGAGUUCAAAUUGAGUGACUACAAAUCGGUGGAGGACGUGGUGAAAAGAGCCCGCAGCAUCAACCAGCGAGGCGGAGAGGAGACCAACACCGCUCUGGGCAUCAACACGGCCCGCUCUCAAGCUUUCAAGCAAGGAGGUCGGCGUGGCGCCAAGAAGGUAAUGAUAGUGAUAACGGAUGGAGAGUCACAUGACAGUGCGGAUCUCCAGCAGGCCAUAGAGGACAGUGAGAAGGAUGGCAUCACCCGCUAUGCCAUUGCUGUGCUCGGCUACUACAACCGCAGAGGAAUUAAUCCUGAAGCCUUCCUCAGUGAAAUCAAAUACAUCGCUAGUGACCCAGACGACAAACACUUCUUCAAUGUGACAGACGAGUCAGCCCUGAAAGAUAUUGUGGAUGCACUUGGAGAACGCAUCUUCAGUUUGGAAGGAACCAGCAAGAAUGGGACAGCGUUUGGCCUCCAGAUGUCUCAGGCAGGAUUUUCCGCCCACAGCGUUGAGGAUGGGAUAAUAGUCGGUGCUGUUGGUGCCUACGACUGGAACGGCGCAGUGUUGAAGGAAACACGACAGGGGAAGGUGGUCCCUCCAAAGUCGUCCUACGCUCAAGAAUUUCCCGAAGACCUAAAAAAUCACGGCGCCUACUUAGGUUACACCGUAACGUCUGUGGUGUCGGCCAGGAACGGGCGCCUGCUCGUAGCCGGAGCGCCGCGAUUCAACCACACUGGCAAAGUCAUCAUCUUCACCCUGAAGAACUCAGGAAACCUCACCAUCCUGCACUCACUCAAAGGUCAUCAGAUCGGCUCCUACUAUGGAAGUGAGAUAGCAGCUGUGGAUAUCGAUGGAGACGGUGUGACCGACAACCUCCUGGUGGCAGCUCCUAUGUUCUUCAGCAAUCGUUUUGUCCUGGAGGGAGCUUUGGAAAUCCACAACGGCGGGCAGAACGCUCGAUUCGGCUCGUCCCUCGCUCCGGUCCCUGAUCUGAAUGGGGACGGCUUUAAUGACCUGGUGGUGGGGGCACCUUUGGAAGAUGACCACAAGGGAGCUAUUUAUAGGAUAGCAGCGGCAGAUUUGGCUCAAGGCCUUCAAUACUUUGGCCGCAGCAUCCACGGCACAAUGGACAUGAACAACGAUGGCCUUGUGGACUUGGCAGUGGGUUCUCUGGGUGCCGCUAGUGUCGUUCGGAUAUACGCCACCGUUAGGUUCGAGCCCAGCAAGAUUAACAUCUUCGUGAAGGACUGUCAGAGAGGUGGCAAGGAUGUGACCUGCAUGUCAGCCAUUGUGUGUUUCAACAUCACGGCCAGGACAGCCAUUCCUCCAACACAGGAAGUUGGGAUCAAAUAUAAUGUCUCCAUUGUGGAGAGACGUUUCAGCCCUAGAGCCACGCUGGACGACCCGACAAAGCUACAGCCCCAAAACCUGACUCUGCUCCCAGGACAGGAGUUCUGUGAACACAUCUACUUCCACGUCAUGGAGACCACAGACUAUGCCAGGCCCAUAGUGUUUGCUGUGCAAGUGGGCCUGCAAGACCCACAACUCGAGCCGGUUCUGGACGAAAGCUGGCCCACUGUCGUGAGGACCGAGCUCCCCUUUUGGAACGGCUGUGACGAGGAUGACCGCUGCAUCCCCGACCUGUCCCUGCAGAGCUCCACCGACCUGAUGACUCCAAAUCAGUUCUGUGCCCGUCCUGUACAGUCUCGGGGUGUUUUCUGCCGCCAUCAGAGCGAGGGAUCCAUGGAGGGAUCCCUGCGGGUUCUGGAGGGAAACACCAGGAGGAUGAUAGUGGACGUCAAGCUGGAGAACAAAGGAGAAAAUGCUUAUAAUGCGCUUUUAAAUAUCACCUACACACCCAAUCUUCAUUUCUCAAGCCUCAUUGUCAAGGACAACUCUGACAUUAAAAUCGAGUGUUUUGUUGAGGACAAGAUGAGGAAUGAAAAGAUUUGCAACGUCAGCGCACCAUUUAUGAGAGCCAAAACGCAGGUGUCAUUUCGUCUGGAGUUUGAGUUCAGUCGCACUGUGUUCCUGGAGCACCUCAGAGUUAUCCUGGAGGCCAGCAGCGAUGGCGAGGAGCAAAGCACAGCCGACAACUUCAACAACAUCUACUACUCCCUGAAAUACGAGGGGGACCUCCUCUUCACCAGAGAUUCAAAUCCAACAAGGUAUGAAAUUAAAUCCGAGCUCUCGCUGGAGGAACCCGGCAUUAUCGGCCCUCCUUUCAACUUCACCUUCCAGAUCCAGAACCUUGGAUACUUUCCAGUGAGGGAUCUGCAGCUAAACAUCGAGAUUCCAGAAAUGACAAAAAAUGGGAACCAGCUCCUGCAGAUUUCUGACUUCCAUGUUGACCAAAGAGACGGGACCCGCUGUUUGCCUCCCCAACACGUGGCUCAGAGCCGAGCAUCACCUGAGGAUCUCUCCCGCUUCUCACGCUUGAACCGAUCCAACACAUUAACUCUCCCGAUCCAGUGCACGGUCAACGUGGCCUCGUACAGAGAAAUUGCAAUCAGAAUCACAGGAGUGCUGAGAAUAGACACGCUACACGCGCUGAAGUUUAAAGUCCUGGAACUCGUAACCAGCGCUACAGUGGAGCUCCCCUCCUCCAGCCCCAUGUUUUUACACGAACUGAGGCCUGUCAGACAUAUAAUACUGGAGAUCAGGAAGGAGGGAGAUUACAGAAUCCCCACGUGGAUUAUUGUUGGAAGCACGCUGGGAGGCCUCUUAUUGUUAGCCCUGCUCAGUCUGGCUCUGUGGAAGCUCGGCUUCUUCAGGAGGCAGAAGCGAAAAGACAAAGACGAGCAGGAGGCGAACGGGAAAGUGGCCGAGGAGCGAUAACGUAGGCUGACCGACGGAUUUCCAGCUUGCACCUUUUUUUCCAGAAGGGAUGUGACACUCAGGGACCAACUCAACCCCACUGCCCCCCCCCCAACACCGCAAAGCCUUUUCAGUGCACUGGACCCGUCCCACGCCAGAACCCCAGACUCCCCGAGUCAGCACUGUCCCUCUCACUUUGAAAUCCUGCACUGUUAACGAUAUAAGGGGCCUCUGUUUUCGUCCUAUUCCACUGCCCGCCAUGUCGUCCCUCCACAGAUUUUUUGGAGCUCUGGUGCUUGUUAAUGGGCUGUUUGCAUAGAAGAAUGAAGCAUUGCUUUUCAAGAUUUCAGGCAUCUUUUCUUUUUUUUUUUUGCCCGUGAGGUAAACAAUAGCCAAACUAGUCUUCAUCUCUUCUCGGUGUGUAUUUAUUUGACUUUGAUGAGAGAAGUUUGGAAUACAGGAAAAAACCUCAAGGGUGCCUCACCACCCAACAACUUCCACCACGUGUAAAAGAUAUUAUUGUGUGUACUGAAUUUGAAGUUUAACUGUUUCUAUCUGCAACAUAUACAGUCGGUAUAAUUUAUGAAGGACCAAAAAUGGAACUGAAGUCACCCAAGUACAAAGAUUCAUGAAGACAGAGAGGAAUCCUCUUCAAUCUGACAUCCUGGAAAGCAAACGGGAUGAUCUAUAAAUUGAUUAUGCACUUUUUUUAUAUUGUACAGAGUUAACUUGAAUUUGUAAAUAGUCAUGUGCUUUUUCUAAUACCCAUGCAGUUAUGUAAUUCACCAUUUAUUUCCAUAGUUUAAGGAAUUCCUUUCUUAACUUAUGCAACAAAAAAAAAAAGCUUUGUGUCAUAGAACCUUGAGACGGUCGCAUGCCUUUUUAUUAACAUGCACUGCAUCAGAGCAAAGGGUAUGCAUUAAAUAUUGCCAGCUGUUUUUUAAAGAUAAGUACAUUUAUAUUGAGCUGUCACCAAAUGAUAAGCAGGUGCAAAAAAGCAGGAGUCCACCUAUUGCGUUUUGCUCCCGGUGUAAUAGUGUUGAAGUAUGAAGCGCUGUGAUAUGCAUACAAAUAAAAUGAUGUACACGUUUAUGAGCGUCUCUUUAGCACAACGGCUGCAAUAAUACAAUUAAAUGACACAGCAAGUGUAAAAAGGAAGAAAAAAGAGCUGAGGAAAAAUAUCAUUUUCGAAGUAUUGCCCAGAGGGAAGGAAGUCCCAGAUAUAGGAUGGCGCUAAUCAAGUCUGGAAUUAAAACUUAUUUUCGAUGUUUGCAUUAAGCAUGAGUAAUAAACCAUCACUCUUGGCUACAAGUGGAUUGUUUGACUUGACUGUUUAAUUAGAUUUUGAAACAUGAGCCUGCGGUGUCUUUUUAAAGAUUAGUUUUGAUGAUGAAAAUAAACCUACAUGAACAUUAAAAUCUCAGUCCCUU